GCACCUAAGGAAGAGCAUGUGCGUCGCGGCCAACUGGCUGACGUCUGUCUGGACACCCCACUGUGCAAUGGUCACACAACAGGGAUGGAUGUCCUGUGGGCCGGCUGUCCUAUGGUGACCCUUCCGCUUGAAACGUUAGCUUCUCGAGUAGCCUCUUCUCAGCUGUCAGCUCUUGGCUGUCCGGAGCUUGUGGCAAGAAAUCGAGAAGAUUACGAAAACAUCGCUAUCAGACUCGGAAACGAUGCGAACUACCUAAAAAGAGUGAAGGAUAAAGUCUGGAACGCUCGCCUUCGCAGUCCGCUCUUCAACACGAGGCAGUAUACCCACAGCCUUGAAGGUCUUCUUCUCAAAGUCUGGAGAAGAUACGAAAAUGGACUGGAGCCUGAUCAUGUUACUUCCUGAAUGCCAGGAAUGGUUUAUUUCGCCCAGUAUUUGGAUACUGACAAUCGCCGCAGCCGCUGAUCGCUGUUGAUGCAACGGAGUCGGGUUCAUGUGCUGUAACGGUCACUCUUCAGUGAUGUAAUCAUGAAGAACUUUUUAAAAUUCAGGCGUGGACAGCCUACUCGACAGGGGAAAAUUGAGUCUUAAUACGAGUCAAUACUUGCGUCGCCAAUUAAGACUUGCGGCUGACAAAAUUGCGUUGUUUUAUUUUGGUUUGGUUUUGUUUUUGGUUGACCAGGCAGAAAAGAUGGUAGGUUUCUGAUAAGUUAAGAGGUAAAAUGUCGUAUAGCGUUCAAAGAAAUCUGUAAAUAUUUAGAGUAAAAUUAAUGACGUUCGUUCGUUCGUCGCGCGUUUAGCUUCUGAGUUUUAGAUAAAGUAGAAACAUCUACCUUGGUCAACACGUUAACACGGAGCUUGAAAGGGAAAAAAACUGAAAACAACAAAUUUUAUGUAUUAAAUGGUUCACUGUAAAAUGAA